AUGUCGAUUGGUCAAAUAGAUAGAGAUUUCACGAAUGCAUUUGGUAGGCGUGGUAGGAAAGACUACGAUGAUUUAACUAUAUUUUCAGACAACGAUUCCGAGGUCGAUAUUGAUAGUUUAAUUAAUCGGUCAGUGGAGUAUGGGAGAUCUAAUAUAGACUAUGGUCAAUUAGGGCGCUCUCCAAGAAAAUUCGGUCUUUCUCCCUCUAAGAAUUCAAAUAAUGCUUAUCAAAGGCAGGUUUUUAAGGCAAGAAAUGGGUCUAAUAGUUUAUUCAGUAGCCCAACAAGAAACAGGGUCAUAGAUAAAGAAAAUAGUAGUUUGAAUUUAGAUUCGUUUAAUGACUAUGGUUUGGAUAGUGAUCUAUGGAAACAGUUAGAUCUGAAGAUUAAGCCAGCAGCCUCCGAGACCCAGUCAGUUUUUGAUUUGGAUGCAUUGGACGACGAUGACGACGACGACGACGAUAACAAAACUGAAUUGCUCAUUCGUAAAACGCAUAGACUAAUAAACUCAGUUCCAAGCUCAAUAUCAAGCAGCAGAGAGAAUGAGCAUUAUCUAAAGUUAUUGCGUACAUCGAUUGACAAGUUGGUGAAGCAACUUGAAGCAACCAAGAAAGAAAACGCACAGCUUCGUAAUAGGAAGUUUGAAUCUAAAAAUAAGGUUUUAGAAUCGGCAAAUAAAGCCUUAGCGAGAGAAAAUGAAGAUUUACAUGAUCAGAAUAGUCAAUUGCGUCGAAAGCUAGAGCAGAGGGUGCCAGAAGAAAACUCACAAUUGUUGAGGGAAAAAGAUUUACUUAGAGAUAAAUUAGCAAAGUACAAGAAGCUCUUCGAUGAAGCAAAUGAAAAAUUAAAGUCUCAAACUUCUGUGAAAUCUGAAUUACAUAGCCCUCCAGAACCAGGCAUUCCAGACAGCAAAGAUAAUAGUACUAAGAUUAAGGCAGUCAACUUAUAUAAUGAGCUUGCUGGAUUAUUUAAUAAAGAAAGUAUUCCUACGGUUAUGACACCUCAAAAAUCAAAAAUGGAGACUGCAACAGAAGUCGAAAGUAAGCUUGAUACUACAAAGCAAAAUAACUUGACAAUGUUGAAACUUUUCGAGGAUUUGUUCGAAAAGGUCAAAGAUGAAGAAAAAGAUAGCUCACCCAAGGCAAAACUGGCAAACCUUCAUAACGCCAGAUACACUGACUCGGGGAAAGAUAUCGGGAAAAAUCAAAAGAAACAUAGCGAGAAUAGCCCCUUUGAGAUAUCCCUGGACGUUGAGAGAUCUGAAGUGCCUUCCUCUGAUAAUCUGACUGCUGAAAAUGAGCGUGAGCGGGACUCUAGUAACAUACUCGGCAAAAUUUUGACUACAAUGGAUAUCAAUAAUGAGUUAUACUGCAAGAUCGUAAAGCUAUUAGAAACCAACAGCAAAACAAAAAGUGAACCUGCAAGUGCAUCCAGUGAUUAUAACAAAAACUCAAUUUCAAGUGCUUUCAUUGAGCACGAGGCUCUUCUGAAAAGUACAGGUUCUUCAAGAGAUCAUCUUGGCGCCGAAAACAUGAAUACUGAUACCACAAGUUCAGAUGCAAGAUCUCCACCUGCCUCUAGAGAUAGAGACAGAGAUAUAAUUCUAAAGUGCUACAUGUGCUGUCAGGACAAGAAUCAAAACCAGUGUAGACAUCAGCAUUAUCAUCAUAAUAACAAAGAAUAUCCCGGCCAAAAUCUGCACGCCAAAAGAUCCUGCAAGAGGUGUCUGUCUUUAGCUUCGAGUGUAGACUCAGAUGCUCCGAAGGAGAAGAAUGAUACUGUUAAUCUCAUGGGUGAGUAUAAAUGGACAAUAUAA